AGUGGAGGUUGAGGCGGGCGCGUCGGCUUUUCCCGGGUGGGAGUCGCUGUGUGAGGAGCCCAGCCCGCAGUCGGCCCGGGCUUGUGUGGGCCGCCGCGGGCCUCGGGGCCGGGCCAGACAGCCGGGGCCUCCGGGGCCCUGCCGGGCUCAGCAUGCCCGGGGUGAAGCUGACCACCCAGGCUUACUGCAAGAUGGUGCUGCACGGCGCCAAGUACCCCCACUGCGCCGUCAACGGACUGCUGGUGGCCGAGAAGCAGAAGCCGCGCAAGGAGCACCUGCCACUGGGCGGCCCGGGCGCCCACCACACCCUCUUCGUGGACUGUAUCCCCCUCUUCCACGGCACCCUGGCCCUCGCCCCCAUGCUGGAGGUGGCCCUUACCCUGAUUGAUUCAUGGUGCAAAGAUAAUAGCUAUGUGAUUGCUGGUUAUUAUCAAGCUAAUGAACGAGUCAAGGAUGCCAGUCCAAACCAGGUCGCCGAGAAAGUGGCUUCCAGAAUCGCCGAGGGCUUCAGCGAUACGGCUCUCAUCAUGGUAGACAACACUAAGUUUACGAUGGACUGUGUGGUGCCUACGAUCCACGUGUACGAACAGCAUGAAAACAGAUGGCGGUGCAGGGACCCACACUAUGAUUACUGUGAAGACUGGCCAGAGGCCCAGAGGAUCUCAGCGUCACUCCUGGACAGCCGGUCCUACGAAACACUUGUGGAUUUCGAUAACCACCUGGAUGACAUUCGGAAUGACUGGACAAACCCAGAGAUCAAUAAAGCUGUUCUGCAUCUGUGCUAGGGAGGGCUUUUAGUGACUGGUCUCUGGGCAUUUCCACUACACUGAAGAAGAAAGCUAUUUUUAAAUGUAAAUAAGAUCUCUCCUGGCGUGUCUGGAAAGCUGACGGUUUUCCAAGAUGGCAUGUGCCCUGACAGAGGGCAGAACGUCCGUCAGCCAUCUUUCUACUGCAGAGCCUGUAGAAGAGGUGCGGACUGUCCGGCCGACCGUCCCUGUGGAGUCCUUCCCGGUUGUGUGUUGCUCUAAUCCUCCAAGUCAAAGCUGUUUCUGCUUGUCCCACAUGGUUCCUAUUAAACAGUUGUAACCUUUUAUAAUCUGGAGAGAAUACUUUUUAAGGUUUGUGAACUACCUUUAAAAGAAAAAAGCCCAGAUAUUAUA